UAUUUCUCUCGGUUUGCUAUUCAAUUAUCUCUCUUCACACCCAUGGCUACAGCAUCUGCCAUGUUGAUAGUUAGAGUUAUUCCACCAGCUCAUUUUUCUUCAUCAUCAUUUUCUUCUUCUUCUUCUUCUUCUUCUUUCCAAGCAUAUCCAAAAGCUUCCAUGGACAAUCAAACUCCACCAACCAACUUCAAUGCCCCUAUUAAUAUUCCUCACUCUCAAAAAUGGACCAUUCCUUUAAAUUACUCUUUUCUUCCAACUUCUCUUCCUGCAGAUCCACAAAUUUCCCCUUUAAAUGAGGAAAUGGACAAUAAAUAUGAAUAUGAAAUGAAGAUAUUGAAGCACUUGUUAAGUGAAACUGCAAAAAAUGGUUCUUUGGAGGUCUUGAACAUGAUUGAUGGAAUACAACGUUUAGGAAUUGAUCACUGCUUCAAAGAGGAGAUUGAAGCAAUUCUAAAAGAACAAUACACAAUAAUGGCAACUCAUCAUUAUUUUGAUACUAAAUGUUCCCUUCAUGAGGUUGCUCUUCGCUUUCGACUCUUAAGACAGCAUGGUUAUUUUAUACCUUCAGAUGUGUUUGAAAGUUUCACUGCUAAGAAUGGUGAAUUGAACAAAAAGGUUUUUGAAGAUAUUGAAGGGUUGACGAGUGUAUAUGAAGCUUGUCAACUAUGCUUGCCUGGAGAAGAAAAACUAGAGAUAAUUGGGGAAUUUUGUGGCCAUAUCUUGAGGACACAAAUUAGAAAUCUUGAAAAUGGUAUGGCCAAACAUGUCGGAGAUACUUUGACUAAUCCCUUCCACAAAAGUUUGGCCAAAUUGUUUAUUAAAACCCACUUUGGAUUUCAAGCCACAAAUAAGUGGAUUUUUGCCUUCCAAAAAUUGGCGAAGUUGGAUUUCAAUAGAGCUCAGAAGUCGUACCAACAUGAAAUAUCUCAACUUAUUCUGUGGUGGAAGAAGACAGGAUUAUCUGAAGAAUUAAAGUUUAGUAGACAUCAACCUCUUAAAUGGUAUAUUUGUUCAUUAGUAUGCUUAGGAGAUCCAAAAUUUUCAGAAGAAAGAGUUGAGCUUACAAAAUCAAUAUCUUUUAUAUACCUUCUUGAUGAUAUCUACGAUUUAUAUGGUUCCAUUGAAGAACUUAGACUCUUCACACAAGCAAUUCAAAGAUGGAACUUGGAAGCUAUCAACAGCUUACCCCACCCAAUGAAAUUUUGCUAUAUCAAACUUUAUGAAACCACAAAUGAACUCAGCCACAAGUUCUCUCUAAAGCAUGGUUGGAACCCUAUCCAUUGCUUACAAAAAUCGUGGACUAGCCUUUGUGAGGCAUUUUUAGUGGAAGCAGAAUGGUUUGCUUCUGGCCAUUUUCCAAGUGCUAAAGAAUAUUUAGAGAAUGGAGAAGUUAGUUCAGGAGUACAUGUUGUUUUAGAACACACCUUUUUUCUAUUAGGCCAGGGAAUAAACAACAAAACUCUCCAACUUUUGGAUACCAACCCAGCCAUUGUAUCUUCCACCGCAUCAAUUCUACGACUUAGCGACGAUUUGGGAAGUGCAAAGGAUGAGAAUCAAGAAGGAUACGAUGGGUCGUAUAUUGAUUACUACAUGAAGGAAAAUCCGGAGAUCUCUGUCGAUAGCGCACAACAGCGUGUUAACCACAUGAUUUCAGAUGCAUGGAAGAGAUUGAACCAAGAAAGCCUUUCUCCAAAUAAUCCAUUUCCAGAAACAUUCAUACAAGCUUCUCAAAAUAUGGCCAGAUUUGUUCCUGUUUUAUAUGGUUAUGAUGAAAAUCAAAACCUUCCAACUCUCGAGAAGCUGAUGAAAUUUGUGCUCUAUGAAAGUGUACAAAUUUAAAUUAGCUAUCUCUCUCUUUUGGGUGGGAUCAAUUGUCAGCAUGUUUACCACUUAGAUAAUUGAUUAGAGUAAAUAAAAUGCUUUUGAUUCUCAAGUGUGGUUGUUGGAAACCUUUCACUGA